UUGAGGCAUGACACGUUUCGCAUUGUUUUAGAUCGAAGGAAACAAACGUUGGCAGAUAUUUCGGGCAUAAUCUUCAAGCAAGUGAAUACCAUUGAUGGGCUUGAUUACUGGAUCGCCAAAUUGCAACCGCAGUAUCAGUUCAUUUUCGUUCUGUAUUGCGGAUCGCGGGAACGUGAUGGCUUAAGUUGGUGUCCGCAGUGUAGAGCCCUCGAAGAACACCUCGUCGAAGUGGCACCCACGUUGCCAGACGAUUUGGUGCUUAUUUAUGUUCAAGUCGGAACGUACGAAGAAUGGAUCGACGACAAGAACGCCUUCCGAACGAGUCAAUCCACACAUGUGCAAAAUGUCCCCACGUUAGUAAAUUUUAGAACGGGUCAGCGCCUGACUGAAUAUGAGUGCUCUAAUUUUGCGAAUGUUGAUAAGUUCCUCUACCGGUUACAAGUGGAAUAA